AGGAGAGCAUCCCAUGAGUGUGUCACCACACCCACCACAAAGAAGAGUUGAGGUUUGCACAUCCCGCCGCAGACAAAAGCGUGUCCUCAGCCUUGAGUCCGCUAAUAGUUUUAUUACAGUCUGAGUUGGUUUAGUUAAAGCGUCUGCCUGCGUCUUUUCAACUAGACUAUGAGGAAUAAGCAACUCUCCGUGCUCUUGUCAUUCAUCUAUGCUGUACUUCUCUGGCCUCCUACACAGACCAAAAACACCCCUCCCAGAGUAUCCACAGGAGAUGUCACCUAUGCAGUGUCCUCGCCAGGUGAUACCUUUGACCCAGAGCACGAGAGAGGGCGCCCUCAUGUGGCGAAAAGAUCCAUACUGAGCUGCGACACUUCGUUUGAUAACUACUGUCUUAAUAAUGGCCAGUGCAUGUUUAUAGUGGACUUAAAUGAGAAUCAUUGCAAAUGUGAGCUGGGUUACCUGGGCAGUCGCUGUGAGCAGCCACAGCUGGUCGUCAAGCCCAUGAAGCAGGAAGAGCUGGCUCUGAUCAUUGUCUGUGUUGUUCUGGUGAUUUUAGGCCUCGCUGGAGCCCUCUAUUUCUUCUGCAAAUGGUACAGAAGAAAGCAACUUCCUCAACAGCAGAAGCGACUGAGAUACACUGCAGUGCAGAUCGCUUAAACCUAUGGGAUACCACUUCAACCCUACACCCACCAUUUCAAUUAGUCUAACUUUAAUGAAUUACAACAGGAUGUUUUAGUUUCUAUCUACAUUUUAUUUAUUGAGUCUUAAUAUAAUAUGACUUGCUGCAAAAAUGAAUGUAUUAUAAUUUAUUACAUUUUUAUUCACAUUCACAAAAAUGUGCAAAGUGUCAAAGACGUGUGUAAUUUUUGGAUUCUUUUCAGUUUGUUUUGAUGUUCUUGAUCGUUGGCAAGGUUACAGUUUUGGCUGCUUGAGAUUGUACUACUAAAAUUCAAGAAUUUUACAAAAUGUGACUAAUAAAUGAAAAAUAUGUAUCACUUAUGUGUAAUUUGAACAAUCGGCGCAUUAAAUAAUGCCACAUGCAACAAAUAA